AUGAUCACACAGCGUGGCUCCAGGAGGCCCUCUGCAGACACCCGCACGGCUAGCCAGGCGGCGGCGGCGGCAUCUCCAUCUCCAUCUCCAUCUCCAGCUUCGUCCGCCUCCUCUGUCUCCUCCUCGCCGUCGCCGUCGCUGUCUCCCGCCGUGCGGAAGGGUGCGUCGUCUGCCCGCCUUCGACCCCUUCGACAGCACCAGCACCAGCAGCACCAGCAGCAGUACCAAAACUCACCGGUUGGCCUGCGGAAGGCCUCCUAUGCGGCCUCGUUCACGGAGUCUCCUACACAGAUACAGCCCGCAGACGGGGCGGGUCGUGGCCAUGGCUCGCCUGCUGCUACAGCUCCCGCUUCAGGUUCGGCGUCAGGAGGCCAGCCGUACCAGCAGCAUCACCAGCACCAGCACCAGCACCAGCACCAGCACCAGCAACAACGCUUCUACCAGCGGCCCUACUCGCCCCAGCCGCGACUGAAGCCGUCUCCAUCCAUGCCCAAUGUCCGGCAGCAGAAGAGCUACUCGCCGUUUCAGGCGGACAAGCCCUCCCCCAGACCGUCUCCCAUGGCCCUCUCGCCAAGUCGGCCAAACAACCACCGCUACUACACGCCGGAGCUGCACUUUGAUAUCCCGCCGCCCUCGCGGACCAGCCUGCAGUCCGCCAUGACCGUGGCCUCCAGCGUGGAGCAGACCAGCGGCACGGAGAGGAGCAGCGUCGUCACCAAGACCAGCUCGACCACGGAGCUGUCUCCCAAGAUCUCAGAGGAGGACGUCCAGGGGGGGAAACAGGGAGACCACCGCGGCCAGGAGGACCAGUUGCAGCACAACAGCCAGGAGGAGGGCCAGGGUACACUCGGCUAUGGCGAUAUGAGUGUCGACGAUGCUAUAGAUAUGUACCUGGACGGCUUUGCAGACGACCCGUCUCCCGGCUCGCCUGCUAAGCGGAAGUCCGCUGCUCUCGUCCGGGCCCUGCUCAGCACUGGUGCCGGCGAUGAUGAUGAUAAUAAUAUUAUUAUUAAACCCGCCAGCACGCCCCCAGACACCCCCGAACCAGAGUCACUGACGCCGGGUAACUUCAACUCCGCAGACUUCAACUUCGACUUUGCUCCUAGCCAGCCUGCUGGUGAUAAAAGCCCUUCGCCGCGGCCCCAGACAGCUCUCCCUUCGCCCUCUGCCUCUCCUCCUCCUCCUCCUCCUCCCGAUACUGCCGCUGCUGCUACUACUACUACUGCUGCUACUACUUCAACAGACAUGCAGCCCCCGCAGAAACAGCUACAACCACCCUUCAUCGACUUGUCCAUCAGCUCUGAGCCGCCGCCGCUGCUCAAGCCGACCAAGACCCGAGACCAAUAUGGCUUUCGAAAAGCAACCACCCACGUGACCAUCGAGCAGUACGACUCCUGGUAUCAAUCCUAUGCCGAAUACCAGAAGAUCCGGAGCGAGAAGUGGUAUGCGCUGCUCAAGGCGAGCGGCAUCGACGAGGCGGUGCCCACGACGUUCCCCAUCCGGUCUGCAAAGCUGAAAAAGUACAUCCGCAAGGGCAUCCCGCCAGAGUGCCGUGGAGCGGCCUGGUUCUGGUACGCCGGCGGAUACGACUACAUACGGCGCAACCCGGGCCUGUACAGACGCCUCGUCGAGACGGCCCUCCGCAGCCCCAUGAACGACGACAAGGAACACAUUGAGCGGGAUCUCCAUCGAACGUUCCCAGACAACGUCCACUACAAGCCAGAUUCCUCCGAGGACGCCGGCGCCUCUAGCGGCAGUGGCAGCAGCAAUCUCAAACACAGCUCUUCUUCGCCAGACACCCCGAUCAUCCAGUCUCUUCGCCGUGUACUAUAUGCAUUUUCCCUACAUAAUUCUAAUAUCGGAUAUACCCAGUCGCUCAACUUCAUCGCCGGAUUCCUCAUCCUCUUCUUGCCCGAGGAAAAGGCCUUCUGGCUCCUCCACAUCAUCACCUCCUCCUUCUUCCCGGGCACACACGAAAUCAGCCUCGAAGGCGCCAACGCAGACCUCUGGAUCCUCAUGGUCGCCCUCAAGGAAUCCCUCCCCUCCGUCUACACAAAAGUCGUCAGCACAGCCCCUACAACCUCCAGAUCAAAACCCCCCAACCUAAGUACCGCCACCCGGCUGCCGGAUAUCACCCUGGGCCUCACAAACUGGCUCAUGUCCAUGUUCAUCAGCACUCUGCCCUUCGAAACAACCCUACGCGUCUGGGACGUGUUAUUCUACGAGGGCUCCCGUACUUUCUUCCGCGUUGCCCUCUCCAUCUUCCGCAUGAACCAGAAACAAAUCGUCUCCCUCGGCGAUCCCAUGGAGAUCUUCCAGGUCGUCCAGACCGCCCCCAAGCGGAUGAUCGACCCCAACGAGCUCAUGAUGGACUGUUUCGCUCGCCGCUUCAAACUGUCCCAGGCUCGUGUGGAGACCCUACGCCAGGCUCGAAGAGCCGCUAUCCGAGAGGGCAAGGAUCGGCUAUCUCAAUUGGCUGGACCAAGGAAGUUCAAGACCGAUCCCAGCGGCAGGCCGAGUACGGGUGCCAACAGCUCUUCCCCCAGCGCAUGGAGGAGCUUCAAAAGCUUCAAACAGUGA